UUCCGCCAAUUGACUUGUUUGAAAACAUUUUAUUUUUAUUUUACACAGGCUGUAUAUAUUAUGUCAAAUUUAUAUUUUAUUAAAUAAUAUUUUACACAAGUCACAAGCUAUUGGGGAAGCAGAUUAACAAAACGCGUUCUGGUGAAAACAAUUUGUACCUUCCGAUUCGGGAUAGAUUAAACUAGUAUAACUAGUAUACUACUGUAAAUUAUAAUACUGUUUUGUUUUGUUUAAUUCGUUUACACUCGACAUACUUCAUCUUUCUUGACGUACUUUAUCGUAAGUUGUUCCAUGUUAUACAUUUUUAUUUUCUAAAAAGAAUUAUGGAGUUAGACGUGCAUGGUAAGUACUUACAAUAUUUAGAAUUAACAAUAUUAACAUAGUUACGGACUAUAGUAGUACAUAGACCAUUUAAAUUUCUGUGGUAAAUCAAUAUCUACCUGUAUUAUUAUUACAUAAUAUUAUAAUUUAAAUUUACAGAAAUGCCAGAUCAAAAGAAUAAGAAAAAGAAAAGCAAGAAUUAUUGCAGAGUUUAUAGAUGUAAAAGUUUUUAUUUAACCGAUGAGUGUAUAAGUUUCCACCGAUUGCCAAAAGCAAACAAACCAAAAAUAUUAUGGAAAUAUAGUGUUAGGAUUGAAGAAUUGGUAAAUUGUCGCAAAAUUUGGGCAGUCAAGUUGAAGUUAUCUAAAGAAGCAUUAGCAAAAAAGCAAUUACAAGUGUGUUCAAAACACUUUACUCCAAAUGAUUACUUGCCAGGUUUCAAUAGAAUACGUCAAUGUCUUAGGCCUUUUGCAGUUCCCUCUGUAAACUUACCAAAAUCAUCAGUGAUACUGUGCUCAUCAAAAAUAGGCCAUAUCCCAAAAAAAGAGUAUCUCAAGACCAAAUUAAGGAGGACUGUGAUGAUGAGAAUUCGAACAAUAGCUCUUCAACAUCAAUUCAAAUGGACGGUGAUAGUUUGAAAUACAACCAAACCAAUGAUUUAAUAGUUGCUAAUAAUAUUAUAAGUCAACUUAAAACUACACAAGACAACGGAACACAAGUAUCAAGUGGUGACCUUGUAGCUCCAUUGAUUUCUUUAAUAAAUACCAAUAAAAAAUUAAUUACUAUGACCGGUA